AUGUUGGCAGUAGUCAGAGAAAAUUCCAGUUGCUGCUCAACCCGUAUCCGGAGACAGUUAGACAGGAACCUCACGUUUCACAAAAUGGUGGCUUGGAUGAUCGCCCUUCAUACUGCCAUACACACCAUCGCACACUUAUUUAACGUAGAGAGGUGUGUUGAUGCACGUGUUGAAGCAAAAGAAACUAUUCAAGCUGCUCUCUCUGAACUUGGUGAUAAGUCAGGAGAAACCUAUCUGAAUUUUGUCCGAAAAAAAAUCCCGAACCCCGAAGGUGGCCUAUACGUAGCUUUCACAUACUUGGCAGGUCUCAGUGGUGUCAUCAUUACAUUGGCCCUUAUAUUAAUCAUCACAUCAUCCACUAAAACCAUUCGAAGGUCCUAUUUUGAAGUAUUUUGGUACACACACCAUCUCUUUGUCGUCUUCUUUAUUGGACUUGUCAUUCAUGGAGCUGGCCGUAUUGUACGUGGACAGACAGCUGAGAGUUUGGAAGUGCAUAAUCCAAUAAAAUGUGGAAAGAAUUUCACUCAGUGGGGAAAAAUACCUUCAUGUCCUAUCCCCCAGUUUGCUGGAAAUCCUCCUAUGACAUGGAAAUGGGUAGUGGUUCCCAUGAUUUUGUACUUCUUUGAGAGGUUGGUGCGAUUUUGGCGAUCCCAGCAGAAGGUUGUAAUCACAAAGGUGGUCAAUCAUCCCUUCAAAACGUUUGAGCUCCAGAUGAUGAAAAAGGGCUUCAAGAUGGAAGUUGGCCAGUACAUUUUUGUCCAAUGUCCCACAGUGUCCCAUCUGGAGUGGCACCCUUUCACACUGACUUCUGCCCCUGAAGAGGAUUACUUCAGCAUUCACAUCCGUAUUGUAGGAGACUGGACAGAGGGCUUGUCCGAUGCCUGUGGAUGUGACAAACAAGAAUUUCAAGAAGCAUGGAAAUUGCCAAAGAUACUUGUGGAUGGCCCCUUUGGCACAGCUAGUGAAGAUGUAUUCAGUUAUGAAACUGUGAUGCUGGUUGGAGCUGGAAUAGGGGUCACCCCAUUUGCAUCUGUACUCAAGUCUGUCUGGUACAAAUACUGCAAUGAUGCAACCAAUCUAAGACUCAAAAAGAUCUAUUUUUACUGGCUCUGCAGAGACACUCAUGCCUUUGAAUGGUUUGCUGACCUCUUGCAGUCCCUGGAGAAUCAAAUGCAGGAGAGGGACAAUGCAGAGUUUCUCAGUUACAACAUCUACCUAACAGGCUGGGAUGAAACUCAGGCCACUCAUUUUACAGUACACCAUGAUGAAGAGAAAGAUGUGAUUACGGGUCUGAAACAGAAAACCUUGUAUGGCAGACCCAACUGGGAAAAUGAGUUCAAAACCAUUGCAAGUCAGCACCCAAGCUCCAGAGUAGGCGUUUUCCUCUGUGGACCGGAAGCCCUGGCUGAAACACUCAAUAAGCAGUGUAUCAACAACUCGGCUGCUGAUCCACGAGGAGUACACUUCAUUUUUAACAAGGAAAACUUUUAACUCACUGGCCCCGACAGGAUACUGGAGUAGCUAAAUCCAAAAGCUAAAGAGCUUGGUGUUUUUUUUCUGUUGGAGUUUGGAGAUUAUGGACCGGAUUCUGAUCUCAGUUACACUAAUGUUAAACCGUUUGCUUCAAUGGAAUUGCUCUGGAUUUACACUGGUGUAACUUUGACCUUCG